CCUGUACACAUGGCUAGUCUACCAUACAAAAGGAUUUGUACGCUUUCAAGAAAAUAACAAACACAACAAGGACGACGACGGCAGUAACAGCUGUAAGAGGACAGUCAGAACAUAACAGAACAUAACCAAGACAACAGCAGUAGAAAAUACACUUUGAAAGAGAUACUUAUAUUUAAUUCUAUUUGUCACUUUUACAUCAUGGACUACACAUUAAUAAUAAAAGUUUUAUUCGUUAUAACAUUGGGCGCAGUGCUCUCCAACACGCAAAGUAUUGCUUCUACACUGCCAGCGCCAGCUGAGACAACAACCGCCACAACCGCAACGACCCCUACAACCACACAAAAGUCGACAGAAACGACAACGUCAACUACGACAACAACAACAACAACAACGACCACACCACCGACAACAACAACGACCCCCACAACGUCAACGACUACACAAAAACCGACAACAACGAAAGAAAGUACGACAUUACCAUCUUCUUCGACAAAAUUUCUAUCCAGUUCCGGUAUUUGUGUAGCAUCGAUAUUUUUUUCUAUGUUAUGCUAUUUUGCUAGAAAUAAUUGAAAUUAAUUAAUUUUUCUAACCUAAUGAUGAUAAAAGCUCUGUUUAUUGAGUCUAAUUAUAUCGUGAAUAGGGUAAAACCAGCAACCCAUUAACAAAAUCGUGUUUACAUGGUAUCAAUAUAAAUAUAUGAACUUUCGCUUUCUAAAGAAACUAGAACUGUCAUGACAUAGGCUUGUUAUGACCUAUGAACUUUGAAGUCGUCUAAUAAAAAAAAGGAAAAUAUACAAUGCACUUUCAUAGUUGAUUUGGAUUGGUCCUCCAACAAAUACUUUACUUUUUAAAACAUUUAUGCUAUAUAUUGUAAAUUUGAUAUUCAAGAUAGCUAUAUGUUUUUGGGUAUUUAAACGUUUGUAUUUUGUGUGCUUGUGGGAAGCUAAAAAUAAU